AUGCCGGCACUGCCGCCACCACCGCAGCCGCCGCCGCUGGAUGGCUCCGUCGGAGCACUGGAGAGAAGGCACGGGAUAUUUUCCACCCCGGUCGAUCCAGGCACGACAUCGGAUAGGACAGAGCAGGGGAGGGCCAAGAGGCCAGUGGUGUGGGGUGGAGCAGCGAGGCCGAAGACCGGGCAGCGGACGCCUCACAGGGUGGAGGAGUGGCCGGCGAUAGGGAAAAGCAGCAUCUUCAUGGAUGAGAUCCUGACGGCUGAAGAUGGUGCGCACGGGAGGAGCUUGGAAGAUGUCAAGGGGCGCCGUGAGGAGUGGAGGAUCGAGGUUGUGGGUUGCCAGCUUCAAAUUUUGGGUCUCCGCAAGGAGUUGAAGGCUGAGGUCAUGGUUGCCAGACUCAAUUUUUUGCUAAGCAAUUCCUCAAGAGUCUUGCCAAGAUCUGAGGAUGAAGGGAAGAAGAAGAAUUUAACUAAACAGUUGAAGAAGAUCAAGGUGAUUUUUCUUCCCUUUGUUCUUUUAUUCUGAUGUUAAGAUUUGUUAUGGCUAGAUGAGAUUUGUGGUGAAAAUUUCCCAUUCUUUUAUUUACCUACAGAUCUUGAAUGCACGAUUGAUGAUUUUGCUGGAUAGGUUACAAAUCUAAAUAAAAAACAUUUUUAAAAUCUAUAUUUUAUUCAUGUGAAAAUUUAGGGUGGAUUUGUGUUUUUCAGCUAUGUAGUUCAGCAGGCAUUUGACUCUGGUGAGAACAUCGAAGCUUUGCUUUCCCAUUCGACACGACUUUGAUUUGCUUCUCCUAUUUAUUUCACACUGCCCUUUUUCUGAUUUACUUCUACGCUCUAUCCAAAUUCAGUAGUGCACUGAUUGUUUUUGUUUGUUCAUGUAUGUCUCUUGCCUCACAGAUUAUGAGUUGCAAGUAUG